AUGGGACUCGGAGACAAGUUCCUCAAACCAAACGGCUCAAUCACCCUUCCCAUCACCAUAGGAACAAGCAACCAAAAGAAGACAGUCCUAUCUGGAUUUGUAGUCCUAAAAGACUCCACAGCCUAUAACGUGAUUCUCGGAAGAAAAAUAAUCAACGACUUCUCCACAGUCAUCUUUACCAAAUACCUCCUCAUGAAGUUUAGAACCGACGACGGCUCCGUCGGUACCAUCCACGGAGACCGAGAGGUCGCAACCGAAUGCGACAACACCAGCCUAGCUCUAAGGAAGAAAUCCCGAGAUGCAGCCGGGGUAUUCCUAGCUGACCUGGAUGCCCGCCAAGACGGCCAACCCAGGCCAGAACCAGAAGGAAACAUGGAAAAGCUACAAAUAGGGCCAACCAAGGAGGAAUACACCUUCAUUAAUAGGAACCUCCCAUACGAUCUUAAAGAAGAACUCUCCCAACUCCUGAAGCAAAAUAGAGACUUGUUCGCAUUCACACCAGCCGACAUGCCGGGUAUAAGCCCCGACCUCAUGUCCCACCGGCUAGCCGUGGACACCAAAGCUAAACCAGUAGCACAGAGGAGACGAAAAAUGCAUCAGACCGGAGCCGCCGAGGUCAAAAAGCAAGUUAAAGCCCUACUCGAAGCCAACUUCAUCAGGGAACUCCCCUACACGACAUGGCUAGCCAACGUCGUACUAAUCCCGAUGCACCGACCAGACGAAGAAAAAACAGCGUUCAUCACCCCAGACGGGACUUACUGCUACACAGUGAUGCCCUUCGACCUGAAAAACGCGGGAGCCACCUAUCAAAGACUUGUCAACAAGAUAUUUCAAAACCUAUCCGGAAGCAAACUAGAAGUUUACAUAGACGACAUGCUCGUCAAGACCGAAUCCGGCGAGCAACUCACCAGCGACCUCAAGAUCAUAAUGAACACCCUAUGA